AAUUCAACAUGGCAUGUCUCACGACUCGAAAGAAGCGGAUAUUAUUCUGCCUUCUAGUCAUUUCAGCCUUUAUACUAGUCUUCCAUCCGACUCUGCGGGAGCUCAAAGCUGACCGACACCGGCCACAGUCAUGGCUCUCGGCUAACAGCACCCGUGACCAGCCGGCCGGCAAUGAACCUCGAGGUCCGGCGUCAUCUCCUGCAGAGGGCGCUUCUUCGGCAGAAUCUGGUCACGGUCUAACUAGCGCAAACAGGCCACAUGGCCAAGAUAGGGCACAAAGUCUGGAAAGUCGAGCUGAAGAUGCUAAAGCAAGCGCGGCGGCAACUGACCCUCCGCUCAAAUACAUCCUCUACUGGAACGAGUUUUACGGCUCGAUGGAGUUUGAGUGGGGCUCUGGCCAGAAGCCGUUCAUCGAAAACGGCUGCGAGGUCAACACCUGCUACGGCACAAACAACCGCAGUCUGCUCCGAAUGGACCAGUUUGACGCCAUUCUGUUUCACGUGCAAACCGUGAGCCUGUUCGGCUGGCCUGAUGUCCGCUCUCCGCACCAGCGCUACGUGUUUGUGACGAUGGAGUCGGCCCAGUACCUGACGAUUCCGCUCACAUCGAGCAAGUACAAGAGUGCCUUCAACCUGACGCUGACCUACCGUCGCGACUCGGACUUUCCCUACCUGUACGGGGCCAUGGAGCCGGUGCCGUCCCCUCCUCCCACCUCGACCCGAAACUACGCCGCCGGCAAGACCAAACUGGUGGCCUGGUUUGUAUCACACUGUUCAUCGAUGAGCAAUCGAGGAAAUUACGUGAAGCUCCUGCAAAAGUAUAUACCAGUGGAUGUCUACGGUACAUGUGGCCCAUUGAAGUGCCCAAGAAGUGCGGACAACAACUGCCAUAAAACUUUACUUAACAACGAUUACAAGUUCUACCUAUCGUUUGAGAACAGCAUCUGCAAUGACUAUGUUACCGAAAAGCUGUUUGACGCUUUAGAGUAUGAUGUGGUGCCAGUGGUUUUGGGUGGAGCAAACUACUCUUCAUUUGCACCUCCCGGAUCUUACAUAGAUGCCCUGAAGUUUACGCCAGAGGAGCUUGCAAAAUACUUGCUCAAGCUAGACAAGGACGACGCUGCUUACAAUGCGUAUUUUCAGUGGAAGGGAAAAUACAGAUAUGUGGCUAAGAAAACGUUUCAGAAAUCGUCUUUUUGUGAUUUGUGUAAAUAUUUACAAAGUAACGGCACAAAAGUGUAUAGCAACAUGCAAGAUUGGUGGGUUAGCGAACAAUGUCACACUCUAGAAUUGUGAGUGUUUAAAGGCUUUAAAAGCAGCUAAUUUCAAAGUAAGAUUUGCCACCUAUUUAGUUAUCGACGUUUGGCUUUAUGCUGUGCAGUGAGGUACAAUGUAGACAUCCUAUUAGUUGUGGCUUAUAACGGCAGCUGCCCGCUGUCUUUUGUAUGUUUUUAUUUCGUUUUUAUUUUUUAAGCAUGUUUGUGAUGAUGUGUUUGUGGGGCUUUGUCAUUAACCUGCCGGCUGCCACAGGUAGUGAAUGCUAGUAAACCAUCUGCACUAGCCAUUCUGUUGCCAUCGUAUUCAAAUGGCAGUAGCGAGAGCUGCCAAUGUCGCCCGCAGUCUGUUUAUAGACUUGAAUAGAUAAAUGCCUGUCGCCUAGUUUGUCCGUCCAACACUUCAUGAAGAAGUCGAAUGUCAAUCGCAUACCUAUUGAUAAGCAGCUAAUUGUAAAAUGCCCUAUUGCCUACAUCAUGCAUUUCAAGUGUUUCAUUAGG